AUGGAGCCUUCAGUCAGCGACUUCAAGCUUGUCGGACUGGCGGCGGGGUUCACACUAGGGUUCGGUUUCCUUACAGUCUGGAAUGCAAUUAAGCAGACUUCAGAAAUUGAGAAGCCCUACAAGAGCCCUUUCGUUAUUCUCAUCUGGAUUGAAAUACUUUCCAAUGUGGUAAUCGGAGUAAUGGGGUGGCUUGUGCUGGAGGGCAUUGUACCUGUCAUCGCUAAUACUGUCCCCCCAGUGCACCUGUAUUGGCGCUUCUACUAUUCUGCUGGGCCCUCGAGAUCCAAUGUUGUAUGCAAGUCAUCAUUAACCGCAUCUACGUCGUGGUGGAAAAGAAGAAGACAGCGAGGAAAGUCAAAUGGGGCACUGCUUGCCUGA